CUUGCCGUUACGCACUCUGAUUCGUCUUUAUCUUAACUUCUCCCCCUCAGAGUCAUUCUCGACGACAUGGACCCAUCUCUUCGCAUUGUUCCCUCGAGUGCACCUAAGACCGCCUCGGUCCAAGAUACCUCCAACAGCUUUGGUCUUCAUGAUACUCUUCGGUAUGGACCCAGGAGCCUUGCCACUGAAGUUCAGACCACAAGCGCUAUCAAGGACCGAUUAGAGAACUGGGAAGCAACGCAAGACAACUUGAAGCUUACUACCCUUCGAAAUGUCUAUGGUCUUCACGCACCGGUAAGGCUGUUGAUGGAGCGAAAGGCAGUUUCAUAUAACCCACAUAUGCCUGCACGUUCAACAUCCAACAUCCACCUUGAUGUUCUCAUGGGACGGGACGAGAGUGUCGACUGUGCAGACUUUAUGAUGCCCAGCUCAGAACUUCGUCAACCAUUAGAUAUUCACGCAGAGAUGGAGAAGAAGCUUCGCAUGUAGAUCACCCGUGUAUUCUAGUUAUCGUUGGCAUUUCGUAACUGCAUCCAUCAUUUUGACUUGAUUCUCAUGUUGCGCGUCCUUGACUUCUGGGAAUGAGAAUUGCGUUGCACUUCCU